AUGGCAUCACGUGGGUCUUUUCUCGGAUCCCUCCACCCGUCGGCCGUCGGGGUCAGCGAGGCACGUCGAGCGUCGCGACCUUUUUAUCUCUUCGCGAUGGCCUUCUCCUUCACCGGCUCCAAGAGUCAAGCGAGCGCGACGAAUGAGCAAAAAGAGGCGCUCAAGCAGCGCGUCUCUACAGAGAUCGCUAUGGCGAAUGCUCAGCAGCUCAUUAGCAAGGCGACCGACAAGUGCUACACCAAGUGCGUGCCGGCGCCCGGCUCGUCGCUGAGCAGCAAGGAGCAGACGUGCGCGGAACGGUGCCUUGAGCGGUACUUUGAAGCAUUCAACAUCGUGAGCGCGACGUAUGUGCGACGUAUUGCUGCGGAGCGUGCGUCAGGCGCACUCGCUACCGAGGCCGCCUAG